UCGCUAGGUGGCUCUACCCAUUACAUAGCAUAAAGAAAAAAAAAAUAGAAGAUACAAACAAACAUCUGACCUUUUUGUUAGAAAAAUGCUUUCCAGUUUGUUGAAAGAACAUCAGGCAAAACAAGCUGUAAAAAAGGAAACCAGAGAGGAAUUGAGGAAGGAAGCCCUCACAGCUGCUGGUAAUCUGACAGAUGCGUUAGUCGAUCAUCUGAACGUUGGGGUCGCACAAGCCUAUCUCAAUGAAAAGAAACUGGACCAUGAAGCACGUCAGCUGCAACAGAAUGCUGCCAAUUUUUCUAGACAAGCUCAACAAUGGCUUCAGCUUGUUGAAAACUUUAGUUCUGCUUUAAAAGAAGUUGGAGAUGUGGACAACUGGGCCAGGAGCAUUGAAAAAGAUCUUAAAAUUGCAGAGACGGCCCUAGAGUAUGCAUACAAAGUUGGUCCCAGCAAUCCUUGAAUUCAGAUUUUGUGUAUUACUUGUUAAUAAAAUGUUCAUCAACAA